AAGUUGUAUAUCAUUUUUCUCUUCCUCUUGUGCAGAGUCAGGAGAAGCUGAACCACAGCUCAGCACAGGGAGGAGCUCACAGGAGUAUCCCCAGUAUCUUCUGGGAUGUUUGGCUUCUGGCACAUGAGGAUUUUUACUAGGAAUGACACAACUCUUCUUUUAUAUCUAUUUCCUGCUAUAAACAAUUCCAUACAAAGCAUUUCACAGAAACGCAUUUUGUUAUGCAAACACACUAAAAGCGGGAAAACAGCGUGAGUACAUAAACGGAUUGCAAAUGAUUAAUGAGGCAGUAAUUAGCCAGAGGAGCAUUAACGGGCUGGGAGCAGUUCAGAAAAGCAGAAGGCACGUGCCAGCCAGGGAGCAUCACUUGUGACACCAGAGACAAAGUGGAGCUGGAAUCAGGGCUUGGCUGAAAACUUUGUCAGUGGAGGACAACAAAAAACUUUUUCCAGCACACAAGACAAGAGACACAGACAAGUCACCUCCACCCACUGGUAGGACACAGAGCAGUUAGACAUGGAGCAUAGAUUCAUCCCAACUAAUUUAAAACUUUUUAUGUUAGGAGUGGAGUUGUCCCUCUUGGUGUCUGUUCCAACUUCCAACAUCUGCAAGGUAUUUUUAUAUUGUUCUAGUAAUUAGGAAUCAGGAGAUUUUAAGACAUUUCCAUUUUGGAUAUGGGAACUGACAGAGCAAAUUUGAAGCUUCUAAACUAUUGUAAUAGGGGGCAGUCUGUUUUCUACUUUCCCAGAUCUUUUUUAGCAGCAUGGACUUGCUGACAAAGAGUUAUAUGAAAUGCAAAAGAACAUUUUCUUUUUAAAGAUAAAUGAGUCUUGCAGUUCACCAGCCCACUUCCAGACAUUUCCGCACUUUGAUACCAGCUUCUGAAACUGAGAGAUAUUCAGGCUCCUACAAUUUGGGGUCAUCCAAAAGUCCAUCAAGCACCACAACAUGCCACAUCAGCAGAAAUGCAGCAGUGCUCAGGCCCUUUGACGAAGUUUGCUUACGACAAACCUUCUAUUUCUCAGCAAAUAAGAACAAAUUCUUCCCACCUCAUCCCCCUCCAGUGAGUUCAUGAGAUUAGAGCCUUCCUGAACUCCCUGUCCUCCUCAUCUGCAGUUGUUUCAUUUCUUUCUGCUGCUCCUCUCCGGGAGGGAGGGGCUGGGACUUGGGGGCACAGGCAGUGUGAACAUGCAGGAGCACUGGAGGCUACCAGUGUGGUACUGUGUGUCUUCUGCUGCUAACACGGACCUCAUCUGGCUUUUUGGGAUUGGUGGUUUUUCCCUUCCUUCUUUCGUUCCUUCCUUCCAUGGGAUUCUUGCUGAGAAACCAUCUGUAUUUUACUCCUCAAAUAAAAAGGCAGAAAGAAAUUACAGACUGAGGGAUUUUGUUCAGUUAUUUUUUUCAGAUCAGAUGAAUAUUCACAAAAUCACUCAAGAAGGGCAUUCCCAAGUGCACAAGUGAACAAACAAAGAAGAUGGUCCCACCAUCUGGGACACUGGUCUUGCUUUUAGUUUCCUCAUGGACUCUCAGAGACCCUGUGUGGGCCUCAGUCGUGCUUCAGUUUGUACUAAAAACCUUCUGAUUACUAAAACAAACAGGACAAAGGAGUUAACCUAGGCUGAAAAAAGAGAUACCCUGGGAUAAAAGAGCUAACAACAACUGGACAUUCAACAAUCAAAUUAAUAAUUUCAAUCUCAUUCUUCACUUGGUACUGUAUGGUAGUAAGUAUUUCUACACCAAGAGCAAACUUCCUACCCAGAGAGCACAAAACUGAUGAUACAUAUGCUUUAACCAAAGCACUGCAUUCUGCAUCCAAUGUCAGAAACAGGUAAUUCCCCCAAGCCUGGCACUGUCUAGCAGAGCACUGUUUGGAGAACAAUGAAAUUGCUUUCAUCUAAGAGAGUUCUAAUUUAAUAACAAUGGUGGUGUCUUGCUGUCAGAGUGGUCUGCUAAUAGCAUGGAGUCUGCUUCCGGACAGGAAUUGCCCACUGAUAUUAUCAGUCCUUGUAAACUGUCUUGGCUGGGAAGUCAAUCAUUAACUCUGGUCCCCAUGUCAUAAAAACAUCAUAUUGUAAGAGCUUGACUCGCUUAAGGCUCUCACUAAUCAAUCAAGCAUACAACAGGAAUACAGCAACACAUAAAAGGAGCCAGAGGCUCGGGAAAUCCUUCAGCUAAGGGGAGACAAGCUGUGCUGAGGUUUAUCUCCAUGGAGAAAUCCACUGACAAGCCAAACAAGGAAAACAGCUCCUCAGCUCCCGGAGUACUGCAAGCUGAGGCAGACGGUGCAGCGCCCGUGGCAGGAGGUGCUGCAGAAAUGAGCGGAGCAGGAUCCGUAACACAAAACUCAAAACGUGAGAAGAGAGUGGGAUUCACUGAAGAGUGCACUGAAGAAAUGGAGAGGCCUUCAGGAACAGAGAGAGACAAUCCUGCUGCCUUUAAACCAGCAGUUUUGGAACAAGACUCUCCAAACUCAAGGCCACUUGCUGUGCUAAUGGACACAAACUCUCCCGAAAUGAGCACGUUGGAACUGAACCACCAGUGCUCAGACACAGCCACCCUGGACAUGGACUGCAUGAUCUGCUUCAACAAGUACAGCAUCUACAGAGUCCCAAAGCUCCUGGACUGCCAGCACACCUUCUGUGCCGUCUGCCUCAAGCUGAUCCUCAGGAAAGAGGAGAACACCUGGACAAUCACCUGCCCUCUUUGCAGAAAACCCACCUUGGUGUCAGGAGGGCUCAUCCGCACGCUCCAGAAUAAAGAAGACAUCCUGGAGCGCUUGGAGAACCUUGAUUCAAACCCUGAGGUGUACAUCUGUGCCAUGGGGCUGGAUGGCAACAGCUGGACUCGGAGCAGCCAGGACAUUUUGAACACGGAGGAAAACAGCCCGGCACACAGCAGCCAGGCUGUGCAGAGACUCCUGCUGCUCCUGCUGCUGGGGGUGAUCCUCGCCAUGCUCAUCCUGCCCUUUAUGUACUCAGGGAGAGUGAAGUGGGUAAUUUGCCUCCUGCUUACUUUGGGGUUGCUCAUGUCUGUAGUGCUUUGCUGCACUCCUAAAUUGCACUGCAGGUGCAAGAAGGACUCCCCUGCCUCCUGUGACAAGGAGAUCCACGUUGUUACUGUUGCCUGAAACAGCUAACCUGCCUGUCCCGGAGUUCAGGGACUGGGCCAGUGUGCACACUGGGCACACCAGUGAAUUUUGGACUUAAAAACAAUCUCUCAGAGAAUAAAUUCAACAGUUGGCUGAGCUGGCUCAAUGCCAAUGCACACUCUUGUUAAAUCUCAUUACUGCAAACAAAAUGAACUAUUUAUAUGUUGAUAUUUAUGUGUUUUCACUUUUUUUUUUUUAUUAGUAAUUGUGUUGGUUUGCUUUUGCCAUUUUGUUCAUGUCUGUGUCCUCUCCUGAUCAGCCCUGCAGGAUGUUAUCUGGAACACCUGGGAGGUGAUGUCCUGCAAAACCCCGGGGUGCUGUCCCCACUCUGAACACACGGACACCUUUCCUUAGGACAGUGUGGGAAACAAGGCUGCUAAAUCAGGGAGUGGGUGUUUGGAGGAGAGUUGUUUUAACCCAGAUUAUCACCUUAAUCCCUGCUAGGGAUGGGAAAAGGGGAUGUCAGUUGAUGCUAUUUGAAGUUACACACAAAAUUGGAGAGGAAGAGGUAAAAUCAAUACUCCUGAUCUUGAGUUCAUGGUUUGCAAAGGGCAAGGCUCAAAAGCCUCAUGACCCUCCAAAUUCCCCACAUUUUUUAGCACAGAAAUAGUUCCUCUCACCUGAAUUCCUUUAUCUGGCAACCUGCAGGACUUCUCUUCUUGCCCCCUUUUACACUGAAGAUGCUCACAGAAGUAAACAGAAAUCCAUUGACUGCUGCGCCACACCACGUGAUAUUUUUUAAUUGAAUGUCUCCAUUAAAUUUAAAUAAUAUGAACUGUUAAUUGACUUCUUUGUUUCAAUUCCUCAUGGACAAUUAAUGUCAAAACAAUUCCUAGUUUCCUUAUUGACAGAGAUUGCAGCUGAGAAAGCAUAUUAAGGUGUCUACAGAGCUGAGUUGGUGAGUAAAGCAAAGCAGUAAAGUGUUGGAGUAUUCCUUCAUUUAAAAAAAUACUUAGGUGCUAAGAAAAUACCCUGAAACCCAACUAAAAUUAAACUGAGGGAAAAAGAUUUCUCUAGUUAAACUGUAUGUUUAAGUGUGUCAAGUAUCUCAAGAGACCUUGGAUCAGGUAAAUAUUUGUGUUUGAUAAGAAUGGAAACUGAUGUCCUGCAGUUGCUCAGUAUAUAAAUACACAGAGUGUCUCACAGCAGAUAAAACAGAUUAGACUAAGAGGGUAGGAGUUCUUGUGCAGCUAAAGUCUUGGAAAACACAGGUUUGUUUUCUGCCAGGAACAGGAGCCUUCAGGGGAAAUAAAUCCUUUGGAUUUUCUCAUCUCUUUGGGCAGCAACUGCAGGCUUACUGCAGAAUACAUAUGACAUUUGCUAAUAACCAAC